UUACGGUAUAUUUUUAAAGUGAGACCGUAUAUUUCUGUAUAUUUCUGAGGGUCGGACGGUAUAUUUUAUCGAUAAGUGCUACCAUUUUCCUUUCUAAAAAUUCGCGUUCGCAGUGAGACGUGUUUAAAGCGUUUUCGAGUGUUUUAAUAGCUCCGUCAAAAUGUCCGGUACAACAGCCACAGUCCGCACCCGCAAGUUCAUGACCAACCGCCUGCUUGCCAGGAAACAAAUGGUCUGCGAUGUUCUGCACCCGGGACUCUCGUCGGUCAACAAGACCGAGAUCCGCGAGAAGCUCGCUGCCAUGUACAAGGUGACUCCCGAUGUCGUCUUUGCCUUCGGUUUCCGCACAAACUUCGGUGGCGGCCGCUCCACUGGCUUUGCCCUCAUCUACGACACCCUGGACUUUGCCAAGAAGUUCGAGCCCAAGUACCGUCUGGCCCGUCACGGUCUCUUCGAGCAGAAGAAACAGACCCGCAAGCAGCGCAAGGAACGUCGCAACAGGAUGAAGAAGGUCCGUGGUACCGCCAAGGCCAAGAUUGGUGCUGGCAAGAAGUAAAUUCUCUGACAAAUCCUGAGUGCGUGUGUGUUGUCGGCCUGCUGGAACGCUCACCGACAAUUCCCAAAAGCAGCUGGUUAUGCGUUAGUUACACCUUUACACCAACAAACAAAGGACGAAACAAAAUCAGUGUUUACUUUUGGAGCGGCUUUUGUUUGUAUACUAAGUAAAUAAAACUCUAAAAGUAAAUCGUGAA